UUUGCCAUCAUCUCCCAGGCUAUUGGCCAUAGGCUUUUCUCCAGCUCAUUGCUUGAACCCGGACUGUGCAGUUUCUCUCUGUAUUUAUCAGAAGCAAGUUGAGGAGCCCUGGAUGACGUUGUUUGACGCGCAACCGGCUUCUCCAUCUUGCCCGGUAGCCUGAUUCCUUGCCUGGUUAAACUAUGCCUCCCAAAAGAAAGGCUGUCGAUGGCUCCCGGGUAGGAAGAGCCUCAAAGCGCGCCACGCCGGUCCCGAGUUCCACACCACAGAGCGUUCUUAGCGAUGAUGAUUACACAGACCCCGGUGUGCAGGAUUCCGAUGUGGAUGGAGAUAAUAUAAAAAAGGUCGUGGAGAAGUUCUCCCUCCAGACCUUUAGCCGCGACAAGAAGUCCCAGGUAUUAAAACAAGAUCCUCAUUUUGGGUAUAAGGAUUUUUCGUCCUUGCCAUUGAAGCCCGACCAUGCGAAUAGACCACUAUGGAUUGAGCCCUUGAAGGGAACGAUCACCUUGGAGAGCUUCUCGCCGUUAGCCUCGCAAGCGCAAGACUUUCUUACUACGAUAGCCGAGCCCCUAUCUCGUCCUACACAUCUUCAUGAAUAUAGAUUGACCGGAAAUAGUCUCUACGCUGCUGUAUCGGUGGGGCUGCUGCCCGCAGACAUCAUUAACUUUCUCGAUCGACUUUCGAAAACGCCGCUCCCUGAGACCAUAAAGCAGUUUAUCGUGAAUUUCACAAAGUCCUAUGGGAAGAUUAAAGUUGUUCUAAAACAUAAUCGAUUUUUUGUCGAAAGCUCCGAUCCAGCGAUGCUGCAGACGUUGCUACAAGAUGAAGUUAUCGGUGCGCAGAGGGUCGAAAACUCAGAGGGCAUUAUACAGCAAGCUGCUCCCAAAAUGGGCGGGCUGGUUAUCCCUGGGACAAAGGAUGCUGCCGGCCUUAGGCAAAAUCCUGACCAGAAACCUGAAAAUGGAGAAGGAGAAGCUCCUCCACUCAAGGACGAUGAUUUAUUGGUCUCGCUAAGAGACGAGGACGACGAUGAUGAGGAUCAGGCGCAGGUUCAUAGUUUUGAAAUUCCUAACACAAGUGUGGAAGCCGUGAAAGCGCGAUGUCAGAGUAUGGGUUGUCCGGCAUUGGAAGAAUACGAUUUUCGCAAUGACGAGAUAAACCCGACCUUGGAUAUUGAUCUUAAGCCCAACGCCCAAAUCCGGAGCUAUCAGGAAAAAAGUUUAAGUAAAAUGUUUGGAAACGGUCGAGCGAAGAGUGGAAUCAUCGUCUUGCCCUGCGGAGCAGGAAAGACUCUAGUUGGGAUUACUGCGGCGUGCACAAUCAAGAAAGGAACUAUAGUUCUGUGCACAAGUUCCAUGUCGGUCGUUCAAUGGCGCAAUGAAUUUUUACGAUGGUCGAAUAUUGAUCCUAAUGACAUCGCUAUAUUUACCUCUGACAAUAAGGAAAGGUUCAGAAGAAGUACUGGUAUCAUCGUUUCGACAUACUCUAUGGUUUCGCAAACUCGCGCUAGAUCUCAUGAUGCCGAGAAGAUGAUGGAUUGGAUGCAAUCUAGGGAAUGGGGUUUAAUGAUCCUGGACGAAGUCCAUGUCGUGCCCGCAUCCAUGUUCCGAAAGGUCACCUCUGCUAUCGCCACCCAGACAAAGCUUGGUUUGACGGCGACGUUGCUGAGAGAAGACGACAAGAUCAAGGAUCUUAACUUCCUUAUUGGACCUAAACUCUAUGAAGCCAACUGGAUGGAACUGGCGGAGCAAGGUCACAUCGCUAAAGUCCAAUGUGCAGAAGUCUGGUGCCCCAUGACAACAGAAUUCUAUACUGAAUAUAUGCGUGAAAAGUCGAGAAAGGCUGCUCUGCUAUAUAUCAUGAAUCCAAGGAAGUUCCAGGCAUGUCAAUUUCUGAUCGACUAUCAUGAGAAACGCGGAGAUAAGGUUAUCGUCUUUUCCGAUAAUGUCUACGCGUUGGAGCGAUAUGCCUUGAAGUUGAACAAGGCAUAUAUCUAUGGAGGGACUCCACAAAACGAGCGUUUGCGAAUUCUGGAAAAUUUCCAACACAAUGAGCAGGUGAAUACAAUAUUCCUCUCAAAGAUUGGAGAUACCUCCUUGGAUCUUCCAGAGGCGACCUGCCUGAUCCAAAUAUCAUCUCACUACGGCUCUCGACGUCAAGAGGCUCAGAGAUUAGGACGCAUCCUCCGGGCUAAACGCAGAAAUGAUGAAGGUUUUAACGCCUUUUUCUACUCGUUAGUCUCCAAGGAUACGGAUGAAAUGUACUAUUCCUCUAAGCGACAGGCAUUUUUGGUCGAUCAGGGUUAUGCUUUUAAGGUCAUCACGCAUCUCCAAGGUAUUGAGAACCUCGAGGGUCUCGCGUAUGCUACCGCAGCGGAACGUCGUGAGCUCUUACAGGAAGUCAUGUUGCAGAAUGAAACGUCUGCGGCCGUUGAAGAAGUAGUCGAUGACCUAUUUAGCGAACGUUCUGGCGGGCCGAGGGCUAAAGCCGCUAGAAAAGCUGCUGUGAAACGCAGUGCUGCCACGCUCAGCGGGCUCGCAGGUGGCGAAGAUAUGGCUUACAUUGAGCAUAAUAAGAGCAGAAAUAAACAACUGAAGGAGAAAGUAAGCCAUCAUCCGCUGUUCAGGAAAUUUGAAAGGGAGAGACAGAAGCGAAAGAAACUCUUGCAGGAAGGCCGAUAAGGUUUUAGACUAAUGACAUCUAACUACGGAGUAGAUGGGAUCUUGGUUAUCAUAUGUACUUUUAGAUUUAGUGCAACAUGCGACACAGAAUGAUCUGCUGUACUCCGUACGGAGUACAUA